AUGUCUGCAUCUUCAUGUGUUGAGAUUAUUGAGGCCGAAAUAAGCCCGGCGAAGAAGAAAUCGAAAUUAAAUACAGAUGAAAACUUGAUACAACAAGAAAGUAUACACAAUGACCUUACAGAUCUGUCAACUUUUAAUAUAAGUGAAAUUUUAUCUAACAAUACAAAUCGGAAAACUGUUUGCCUAAGAGGCAGUUUUGAUUCUAAAGACGGUGAAGCUGUUGUAAUAUUAGAAAAAUCUGCAUUUGUAGAGGAGGAUUUAAAAACAAAAGAAUAUUUCAAUAAAAGUAGUUUAUUGGAGAAGACCUUCCAGAAUGAUAUCUAUGGAGAUUACCACUACUUUCCCAAUAGAGACUUAAGUGUAAUUAAAACUACUGUAAUUCAUCCAGCAACUGAGAAGCACAUAGUCAAAUUCUCAACACAGAAGCUCUAUAUUGUUGAUGAGACACCUAAAUUAUAUGAGGAAGUCAUUUUGCCACAAUUGUCUGAUGAACAACUUCAUUUACAGUGGGUAUACAAUAUUCUUGAGCACAAAUCAGAAGUAGAAAGAUUGGUGUUUGAAGAUAAAGAUACUAUAAAUGGAUUUGUUAUGGUGCCUGAUUUAAAAUGGAAUGGAAAAGCGGAUACACUAUAUCUACUAGCAAUUGUUAAUAGACGUGAUAUUAAAUCAAUAAGGGACUUGACAGGGGAACACUUGCCAUUGUUGAAGAAUAUACAACAAAAAGGAACGGAAGCUAUCAAAUCAAAAUAUUCAUUGGACAGCUCUAGACUCAGAAUUUAUCUUCACUACCAACCUUCAUUCUAUCACUUACAUAUCCAUUUCGGUUAUUUACAACAUGAAGCUCCUGGUAUCCUAACAGAAAAAGCUCACCUUCUUUCUCAGGUCAUCAGUAACAUUGAGCUAUUGCCAGAUUAUUAUCAAAAAGCAACCAUACCUUUUGUAGUACGAGAGCAAGAUAAAUUUUUCAAAAAAUUAGAAGAAAAAGGGGUUCUUUCAAAAUUUCUCACAGAAUCGGCUGAGGAAAUAGGUAGCUUUAAAACAGAACUUUUGCAUAACACUGUAGCUAAUGAGGAAUCGUUAAACAACAAACCAUUACUAUCAAAUGGUGUUAAAUAUGUUUUACAGUGUAUUAACUGUAAUAGGUCUCUGUCAGAUCCAAUCGAAUAUACGAGGAUAUUGCCUUUACCAUCCGAAAGUUCGGAUGCGAGUGACUGGUUUUGCCAUAAUCACGGUGAGAAAACGAAUAUCAGCUUAGAUCCCAAACCUAGUGAUAUUUUUUAUUCUCAAUGUUUUGUUCACAUGAACGCAAAAUGUAUCAGCAAUAUCAAGAGUUGCAAACAAGUUUUGGUAUGCAGAUUUUGCCUGCAAUGGUUAGGAACAAAGCACAACCAUAACACAAUAAAAAUAUGGUUUAAUACUAUAAAAUUUACACAUUAUUCCGGAUCAAUUUCAUCUUAUAGCUUAGAAGACGCUUUCCAGACCAUAAAAAACAGUUUAAGGUAUUCUAUUCACAAUGCAACAAAAAUUUUAUUAUCUUGUCACACUUCUUCCACACAAACAGAUACAAUAAUGCUGUGGGUGUUAGAAAAGAAACUUCAAAUACUCUUUGGAGAGACUAAUGUAAAGGAAUAUAAUGUAGCAAAAGUUUUGUUUAAGUUUGUCAGUAAAGACGAACAUCUCCUUCAACAAUGGGAAAACGAUUCAUUGGUUACUAGCGUAGACAUAUCUAAACCUAUGAUGGUAGAGUUGUUGACCAAUUUUCAUAAGUGUAAUAAAUUAUUUCCAUUAGAAUAUUCCAAAUCAGAUGGUUUUAAUGUUUCGUAUGCGUUCUUGUAUGACAUUUUUUGA